AUGUUGAUCAAAGUGCGUACCCUUACGGGAAAGGAGAUCGAGCUGGAUAUCGAGCCGGACUACAAGGUACCACCUCUUAUCUCCUACGAACCGACCGAUCGAUCGAUGGAUGAGCUGGACUGUGCCAUACGUCGAAAGACAAACAAUCACACUCUUCUCGCAUCACAAGCAUCGAACGGAGCUUGCGGCUCUGAUACGGUGUCGCGGAUAAAGGAGCGUGUCGAGGAGAAGGAGGGUAUCCCUCCAGUCCAGCAGCGACUUAUCUUUGGAGGAAAGCAAAUGGCGGACGACAAAACGGCAGCAGACUACAACCUCGAAGGAGGCGCAACGCUACAUCUGGUCCUUGCUCUGCGUGGAGGGUUUCUGCAAUGA